AUGAAACAAGUUGUGGAAGAGCAAGCAAUGAAAACAGCCGCCAUGAAACGAUGGAGUCGAGCACAGCAUCACCACCAUCAAUACUACAACUACUCUACCACUUUCAUCAGACAAGUUCAUCGACGAUUCAAGAAGACGCAGCAGCCCGAGAAGCUGAGAUUGUAUAAACAGAUCAUGAAAGAUUUCAAAUACAGGAAGAUUGACGUCCAGACAGUCGUGCUCAGGAUUAGGGAUUUGUUCCAUGGCUGCGAUGACAUGAUUGCUUCCUUCAAUUUUUUCUUGGUGGACGGGAGAAGACACUGCAUCGACGCUCGCCUGCAGGAAUCCAUUGAUUUUGUGAACAAGGUACGGAUUCGGUUUCGGGACCAGGAAGACGUGUAUGCCAAGUUUCUUCAUGUCGUGAAGCAGAGCAAAACAGAGGGCCUGUGUUCUGGAGAUGAUAUGUUUGCAGAGGUUGCCGCUCUGUUUCGUGAUCAUCAAGAUUUGUUGGACGGGUUCAGAGAAUUAGUAGGUGAUGGCGAUGAUCGUGAGAGUGAUCGGAUUAUUGGGGACGAAGAAUUGGUAUCUGAUGAUAAUGAGAGUGAGAUCCAGCAACAAGUGAGUGAUCGGAUUAUUGGGGACGAAGAAUUGGAAUCUGAUGAUCAUGAGAGUGAGAUCCAGCAACAAGUGAGUGAUCGGAUUAUUGGGGACGAAGAAUUGGAAUCUGAUGAUCAUGAGAGUGAGAUCCAGCAAGAAGUGAGUGAUCGGAUUAUUGGGGACGAAGAAUUGGUAUCUGAUGAUAAAGAGAGUGAGAUCCAGCAACAAGUGAAGGUGAGCGGCUACCAUGAAUUCCUUGAUUUUGUAAAGAAGGUAAAACACCGGCUUCAAAACCAGGAACAUGUCUAUGCCAACUUCAUCGAUGUCGUAAGUCGGUCCAAAACAGAUCUCAAAACUCUUGCAGACAUAUUUCCAGAGAUUGCAGCUUUGUUUCGUGAUCAUCAAGAUUUGCUCAAUGCGUUCAAAGAACUAAUAUAUGGUAAUGACAGUAAGGGGAAGCAUAGGGAUAUUUCUGGUUUACAUCAACAACAUCAACAAAAACACGAACGACAACGGAAGGAUCAUAGCGAAUGGGGUGAGAGGGUAGCUACAUGGUGUCGAAAAGUCCGGUCGAGGAUGAGGUGCUCUGACAGAUACCUAUAUUUCUUAAGGUGCAUUUACCAUUACAGCAGAGGAGACAUUGGCAGGAACCAGUUACUUGAUAUGGUUAAGGGUUACUCGGAACUUAAGCUUGAGUUGAAUCGAAUUCUGGAACAUUGUGAGAGCAAAGGUGGAGAGAGCUAUUGGCUCCAGCCUCCAUCUGAGCACAGAGAAGUGUUUGAUGAAACAGAUCCGAGAUCGCAAUUGAAUGAUCAGUUUGUCUGCAAGGCCAGCCAUUUUAAUUUCAAGAUCCCAAACCCAAGCAACCAUGAGAGGAGACUGUUUAUGUGGGAAGAUGAAAGGCUUAAGUUGGACUUGGAAAAGGAGGCUGUGACAUUAGCUACUAAAAAUAUAAAGAAGGGCGAGAAUAUUCAUGAUCAAGUUACUGCUCUCAACAGAAAGUGCAAGCAGCUUUACGGAAAAGACGCGACGACCAUAGUUGCCAAAUUGGGUGAACCUAAAGAGAUGGUUUUGAAUCAGUUGAAAAAUAGAAAGGAAACUCUAAAAUCUUCUCUUAAAGAUCUCAAAGUUCCAUCAUAG